AGAGCAGGGGUCGCCCUGCCUCUGUUUCUUCUCUCGGCGGUUGCGGCUCCGUCGGCGCGCUCCCCGGCGUGCCGUUCUUCCAGGCCGUGUGUCUUAAACCGGCGAAAACAACACCGGCUGCUAAUACACACUUUUCACUUGUGCCGACUGCGUGGGCGUUCCCGGGUGACGUCGUCCCCUCGGAUGCACUGUCGUCGCGCCGGCGCUAAUUGUUCCUUCGGCAGCUGUCGAUAGCGAAGAAAGUCAGCAGCCACACUCUCGUACAAAAGAAAAAGGUGCCGCUAUUUUAUCCCCCGACGGACCGGCGAUGGAUAUCCGCGGCGUGUGAAACAGAGGCGCGUCGCCGCCGAUACUGUACGCUGUGCUUCUUUCUCUACAGGCGUCCUGUUGUGUGUCUGUUGGCAGUGAUCCCUACAGCUGUGACAGAAGCAUGGACAGGACGACUACUGUGUCUUAGGAAAUUCGGAUUGGAUUUUGACUUCGAGGAACGACAUCAUCUGCACUCGGGCGUCGGAUUCCACGGUGCCGACACUAACGGCACGGCCACCGCCACCGCCGCCACUACCACAAGCAGUGAAGGUAGCGUGCCGCCGGAGGCGAUGAGCUCCCGGUCAUGGCGACAGCUGCCUUGGACCGUGGGCAUCAACCUGGUGGCGUUCGGGGCGCACCUGUGCGCCUGCGGAUGCUUCGUUUACCUGCCGCCCAUGCUGAGAAAGGCCGGAUUCUCGGAAAAGGCCCGCGGCGUGAUCCUGGGAAUGGGCCCCUUCCUGUGCAUCCUGGGCGUGCCGCUCGUGGGAGCCUGGAGCGACCGGUGUCGCUCGCGGUUAGGUCGCCGGCGCCCUUUCCUGCUCGGCCUCGGGGCGCUGCUCGGCCUGGCAUUGGCGGCCAUCGCGUUCGCCGACCUCAUCUUCGGCCCGUCUGCGCACGGCCCCGUGCUGGCGGUGGCCACCAUUGUCCUUGAUUUCGCGACGCAGGCGCUGCUGAACCCGUCUCAGUCGCUGCUGUACGAUCUGGUGGCGGAUGUGGACUACGGAUUCUCGGUGUACUCGUUCUCGCUUUCGCUGGGCGGCCUGUUCGGGUACCUGCUCAGUGCACUCGACUGGACCGACACGGCCCUGGGAAACGCAGGACAGGAACGUGCCGUGUUCUUACUCAUGCUGGUGGCGCUCAUCACUUGCCUGGCGGUGACGUCCGUGCUGGCGAAGGAAAAGCCGUUGCCACCUCUCAAAGCCACGGAGAGUGUGGCGAAUGGGGACGCCGUGCGUUCACCGCCCACGUGCACUCUCGUCAUUCUCGACAAGACACCCCAAGGUGGCGUCACCAGCAACGGUCUACCUGUCGCCUGCAACGGCAAUGGUCCCGCCAUUGGUGAACCAGGUACACCAUCGCACAACCACAGCCCGCUACACGGCGCCGGCGUGUUCAUAACGUGGCACCACGUGGGCAGCAGCAAGGCCAAGGCCAGUCCGACCAAGGUUGUGCGCGCGCUGUCGUCGGCCCUCCUGGUGAUCGUGUGCGAGGCCUUCUGCCGAGUGUUCGUCAUGCUUCCGGCGCGCGCCGCUUCCUUCCUGGGCCGCAUCCCGAGCAGCCUGCGUCGCCUCUUCCUCUUCCAACUGCUCUCCUGGAUGGCCCUGUUUGCGCACUACGUCUACUUCACUGACUUCACGGGUGAGGUGGUUUAUCAUGGAAGGCCCGAGGAGACUGCCAGUAAUGACGACCGUUCCCGCUACGAUCGUGGCGUUCGAGCUGGCUCUUGGGGGCUACUAGUCAACUGCAUUGCCUCGUCCGUGUACUCGUUGACCAUCCAGUGGCGGGUGACGAGUCGUUUCGGCCAGCGCUUUGGCCUGCUGCUGGGCAUGGGCACAUUCGCCGCCGCCAUGCCCGGCUUGCUCGUCUUCACCGACUUGGCCAGCAUGCUUUCGCUGUCCGCCAUGACGGGCAUCGCGGCCGCCGCCCUCGACUCCAUUCCAUACGCACUCGCUUGCCUCUACUGCGAGAACAGCCAGGAGUACUUCAAGGGAUCUCGGUACACUCCCGGCGUGGGACAGUGCCUAGCACUGCUGGCCACCGCCGAGUACUUGUCCCAAGUGAUCCUUACGCUAUUCAUGGGCUACAUCUUUUCGGCGACCCACACGGUGGCGUCCUACGUCGCCGUCGCCGUAGUGUGCGCCCUCGCGUCGUGCUACGCGUCCACGUUCAUCGCGUGUCCCUCGCCCAAGGACGCCUCGUGACGUCAGGAGCAAUCAAUGGUUGCUGCACGAGUAGAAGGAACCGGGCCCAUCGCGAGGCCAGCGGCCCUAUCUGUCCUCAAAAACAUCGACAGCGGCGCCACACAACGAACAGCCCAGUGCGGUGACCCUGCGUGUUGACCACCGGCACCAGAGUGCACCGGAAGAUGGCAAACAAGCAAUGCUGGUGUUUAGUUCCUGGUGCACUUCUGCUGUUGCCGCGUGCUGCGCUCUUUCUAACCGUCCAGUGGCAAGACUUUUACGCCCAUGCACUCCAUAGUAUGCAGUCUUUGCAGACAAUAUGGUGUGUGACUUGCAGAACAGCAUAACGGCCCAAUGAAGGUGUUCGGAAAACAGCUAUGAUUUGUUCAACAAUGCUCAAUAUACGGAAAGCAGCAGAGUCCACAAGGAAACUGGGGAAUGUUUAGUGACAGGUUUGUUGCUGAUAGCAUCGUAUGUGACAUUAUUUCGUGUGACAUGUGUUUAGCAUAUUUGCCCAAUGAAGGUGUGUCGAAAAAACCAAUCACGCUAUUUCCAUCAUUGCCCAACGUAUGGAGACCAUUAUUAAUUCCUGCCGUAGAAUACAUGCCUUCGUGGAAUUUUUCAACUCGACUUGUUAUUCCAUAGUGUAUUCUCUCACGACGUGCGCUUCGUGAAGUUUCAGUUAAAAUGCGAACGUACUUAGCUAUGGGCGCAAACGUAGUGCUGAAGAACAGAGACACUGUUUAAAAGUGCGCCUGCUCAAUUCAGUAAGCAGUUCUGAGUGUACUGGACGACGGUAAAUAUUCUUAUACGAGACGGAUAUGAACAUCUUUGCACCUGACGCUGGUUCGAGCAGCGGAAUUGAAAACGAGGGACAGCGAAGUCCUCUUUGUGCCUCGCUGUCAUUUUCACUGUUCGAACCAGUAUUGGCUAUGAACGAACUAGCUCCGUAGAAUACCGUUUCGUCUUUACAUCACCAUGUCAUAAUUAGAUUACGACAUGGUGAUGUAAAAUCAUAAUUAGAUUUGUCAUAAUUAGAUUACAUUUUUUCUUCGUUAUUACCGAGCCGCAAUUGUCUGAAAGUGCUCGCUCCAUAGCCAGUGAUUGUCGCCCAUUGUUUAUGUAUGAUGAUAUUCUUGUCAGCACUGAAGUUUAGAAACCUUGGUUCGGAAUUUUUGCGAGCCGGUGUGAGUCUGAAGACCAACAAGGUGACGACAUCUCUCCUUUGCGAAGAGCGGCAGAUAAGCUACACGCUGUGCAAUAUAAUUGACAACGAUUGCGUUGCAGUUUUGCUGAUAUAUCGAGAGUUUAUUGAGUACCCACUUUGUGCUUUACAAAAUUUUGGAGCACUUUACCGCCAGGCGACACAUGAACUCUACCAUGAAGAUUUUUCUGGUGUCGAAUGUUGUGCCUUUCGGUAGCCGAGUAUAAUGCCAAGCAAACGGGCUCCGAGGAGAUGGCGUUAUAUAUUAAAUAAAGGCUGUCGGAAAGCCCUGCACAGUUCUGCAUUUAAGUGCUCCUGCACGAAAACUUGCUUGAAGUAUUGAACAGGCUUCAGGCAACAGGUGUCUGUGAUAUUCGCCAUUAGCUACUGAGCCUGCUAUUCUCUUCGGCGUCAUAUUUUCUCUUUCAUUAUUAUUUGUGAUUCUUGUCGAAAAAGACCUUUUAGCAGGUUUUUCAAUGUUAUUUUUAUUUCAAUGUUUUCGGUUAGAUGUUUAAGAUGUAUUUAUGCGCGUGAAAUCCAAGUGCUCAACUGUAUUUCUUGGUAAACACAAAUAAAAAGAGAUCCGCGCCUUUCCCGGCGCAUGCCGCGACACUGCU